UGUUCACUGUUCAGUCUUCAGUCUUCACUUUAUUAAAGUGUGACUUGCCCAAUUAUUUCCCACUCUCAGAUCUCGUCGUAGUAGAAGCAGAUAAGAAAAAAAUAGAAGGCAAUGGCCAUCGGAGGCGACGCUCAUCGUCCGUUAUUCCUCUUCUCUCUUCUUUUCCUCUCCUUCGUCAUUAUCGCCCAAUCGUCUGAUGACUGUGUGUAUACGGUGUACGUCAGAACGGGAUCGAUCAUCAAGGGAGGUACGGACUCGAUCAUCAGUCUGGAGCUUUACGAUGCCAACGGGUGGUCGGUACAGAUCUCGAAUCUGGAGGCGUGGGGAGGUCUGAUGGAGUCGGGCCAUAAUUACUUCGAGAGGGGGAACCUCGAUGUCUUCAGCGGCAGAGGCAGGUGCUUGAACACGCCGGUGUGCGCAAUGAACCUCACCUCAGACGGAUCCGGCCCACACCACGGUUGGUACUGCAACUAUGUGGAGGUGACCUCCACCGGUGCGCACAUGGGCUGCGCUCAGCAGCUCUUCACUGUGGAGCAGUGGCUCGCAACCGACACCAAUCCCUACGAGCUUACCGCCAUCCGGAAUUACUGCCCCGACGUCGUCGGUAAGCCCAAGGGAGGUCUCAGUUCCACUGAUCAAUAAAAAGGGAGAUGUGAGGUAUCAAUGAUGUGUUGGUCCAGUCGAUGACUUCCAUUCCAUAUUAUUACUCGCGAAAAAUCUCAUCUCUUCUCAGUUAUGUAAUCGAUAUUUAGGUCUUUCUUUUUGGGUUAACCAGUGGAUCUAAAGUCUUUUCAGUUUUGAAUAAUUUUAGUGUUUGUGUUUGUACUGUAUGUAGUUACUUCAUUUUAUU